AUGGAAGGAGCGCGUGAUAAUAUAAACCGUGUUCGUAACCAAAAGAAAAGGUUUGCAGUUGUUGGUUUCUCUUCCAUUCUCCUUAUCGCCGUGAUCGGAUUUGUCGCGGUCGGUUUAACGCACAGCGGCUUAAGAGAACCAGGGGAACAAAAUGGAAAAAUAUUUACAACACAAAGGGAUUUUGAAAUGAGUUGUCUAAAAAACCCGGAAUGUCAUACGAAAGUAGGAAAGUUGGUUAGCGGAGCAAGAAACAUAAAAGAACGUCUGAAAAACACAUUCAUUGAAGAAGCCGGGGAGUUAAUGAAAAACAUGAACAAUCCAGCUCUUUAUAAUGAAUUGGUAAAAGACAACAUGACGAGACAAGCGAUGCGAAUUUGCCACGAAGUAAUGGAUAAUGCUGUUGAUGGAGUUAAUAAAUCUGUUGGGGAAUUAGACAGAUUUGAUUUCAAUAGGUUGAAUGACUUUAUUUUCGAUCUUCAAGUUUGGAUGACUGCUACACUUACAGAUCAACAAACUUGUUUGGAUAGUUUAGAGAAAGCAGACACAAAAGCUAGUCAGAGAAUGGCUCAGGUUAUGAGCACUUCUAUGAAAUUAAGCAAUGAUGCUAUUGACAUGCUUAAUUCACUUUCUGGAUUGCAUAAGAAUUUUGGCCCAACACCGAGUGGUUUUAAUAGAAGGAUUUUAUCCGAUGAAUCCACAACGCGUGUUGAUAGUUUUCCAACAUGGGUUAGGGAAGGACAGAGACGUCUUCUCGCUGAUCCAAGUGUUAAGUCAGAUGUUGUUGUGGCGCAAGAUGGUAGUGGACAAUUUAAUAUGUAUGAGAAUUGA